AGCCGGUCCACCUUCAUUUUGACUUUCUGCUGUCUUAGAUGUCUGGUGAGAACAUCCUGUCUUCUCCAGAGAUCUGAAACGGGCAUUAUGUCUCACCUCUUGCACAUGGAGAUUCCAAACUUCGGCAGCACUGUUCUGGACAGCCUUAACGAACAGCGGCUGCUGGGCCAGCACUGCGAUGUGGCCAUCAUGGUCAACGGACAGGCCUUCAAGGCCCACCGCGCCGUUUUGGCGGCCAGCAGUCUCUACUUCCGUGACCUGUUCAGCGGUAGUGCCCAGACGCUCUUUGAGCUGCCCUCGUCCGUGGCCCCAUCCUGCUUCCAGCUGAUUCUGUCGUUCUGCUACACGGGCCGGAUGACGGUGAGUGCCAGAGAUCAGCUGAUGGUCAUGUACACCGCAGGCUACCUUCAGAUCCAGAACAUCGUAGAGCGAGGAAUGGACCUCAUGUUCAAGGCCAGCGCUCCAUACUGCGACUCGCAGACAUCUGCCACAGAUGAUCCCCCGAGCCCAAACAACAACAACUCCUCCCUGUUGCUAGGCGACCAGCCCACAACUGUCUGCAAGAUCAAGGAAGAGAAGCUGGAGACCCAGGUGUGUGCUCAGAAUGGGGAGCUAAAGCACUCCGAGGAGGACAGGGGACCUAGGGUCAGAUCUUCAAGGAAUGGCACUCUUUUCUACACAAGUGGAGGCGCAAAUGGGGUCAUACCUGUGAUGCAUGCUUACGAGCACUCGACCCGAGAUCAUGCCAGUCCCGGUGCCUCUAGCCUGCCGACCACAGACAGCCCAACUUCACACCAAAAUGAGGAGGAGGACUUUGAAGACGACUCGUACGAGAGUCUGACAAAUGGGAAGAUCUUCGGGGGCUCGUCCGGGAUAUAUGGCAGUAAAUGUCUUUUAAUGGACUUCUCUUUUGCUCCAUUGCAGCUCAAAACACUACGGAUUUAUCCCUGUGAGUGUGAUCUCUUGUGUGUCUUCCCAGUGCAAGAGAAGAUGUCCUCCCUACCUCUGUCCUUGGAGAACCGUUUCUGUGUGCUGUUAGGAGGAGACAGAGAGGCUCUGCCUGCCGGACUCAUCAGCCAGAUCGGCUACCGUUGCCACCCUGCUCUCUACACAGAGGGCGACCCUGGAGAGAGACUGGAGCUGAUUGCAGGAUCUGGUGUCUUCAUGACUCGUGGGCAGCUGAUGAACUGUCACCUCUGUGCUGGGGUCAAACACAAAGUCUUGCUGAGACGUCUUCUAGCUGCUUUUUUUGACAGGAACACACUGGCUGACAGCUGUGGAACUGGAAUACGUUCCUCCAACUGUGAUCCAAAUCGCAAACCACUGGACAGUCGCAUACUCAACACAGUCAAACUCUACUGUCAGAAUUUUGCCCCUAACUUCAAAGAAAGCGAGAUGAAUGUGAUUGCCGCAGACAUGUGCACCAAUGCCCGGAGAGUUCGCAAACGCUGGCUCCCCAAGAUCAAGUCCAUGCUUCCGGAGGCGAUCGAGGUGUACAGGGGGACUGCGGUCCUGAGCCAGGUGGAAGGAGCUACCCAGCCAGGCGGUGGCUUUCCCUUUGAGUCAGAGUUCAAACACCUGGCAACGUCAAAUCUGACUCUGGAGCAGCAUCUCUAUGGAGACUGUAGAGAGACACUGAGGAAUGGCUCUCACUUCAAUAUGGAAGAGAGGUCCCAAAAAGGUGAAGAAGCCAAGACUGAGCCAAGCCAAGCCAAAGAGCCAGACAACCAGGAAGUUGAAAGGCUUCCGGAGAGUCCCGAGAGAGCGGCCAGUGUGCUCGCCCUCAACCCUGCCAGCAAGAAAGGGGAAAAAGAGCAUGCAACCAGCAGCCCCAGAUCACAGAGAGAGGAACAGAACAGACAGAGACCACAAAAAGACGAUCAGUGACUUCCUCCACUUCAUACUAUUAAAAACUGGUCUGCAGCUUCUCACACCAAAAAGGAUCAUUAUCAGUAAAGGCAAUCUCUCAUGCCACUGAACAUUACAUUAAAGCUGCAUGAUCAUGGGAACUGGACAUACAACAUUUUUCCAGGAUAGACUGAAAAACGUCUGCAUUAAAUACAGUUGUGAUUACAAGUUUACCAACCUCUUGAAGAAUCUACAAAAUGUUUGUUUCUUUUAAAAUAAGAAGGGAUCAUAACAACUGCACUUUAGUUUAUUACUCACCUUAUGAAGCUGUUUAAUAGAUAUUUACAUUUAUUCCACAUGACAAAAUAAUUAAAUUUACACAUCUGAUUCUUUUUUUUAAAGGUUUACAUACCCUUGGAUUUUAAUAUCAUAUAUUGCCUCCUCAAGCAUCAGUGACUGUUUGUAGGUCUUUUACGAUAGUUGUGCAUGAGUUUCUGUUUUGUCCUGAGCAGUUAAGCUGUUCUUGACAAAGCCUCCAGGUCCAGUAAGUUAUUUGGUUUCCCAGCAUGCUCUGGACAAUUGAGGGACUCAAAUGCAAAACUGUGAUGCUUGAGGCAACUCACAAUAUUAAGAAUCAAAGGUAUGUAAACGACUCAUUAGGAAUUUUGUGUAGUUUUUUUUUCUCAUGAAAUUAACACAAAUAUCUGUUAUGCAGCAUCAUCAGGGCAAUACUAAAUUACUAAAACAACAACAUUUUCAUGAUCUUAUUUU